AUGACUAUAGAAGGCGCUCAACUUACAGAAUCCACCAUGAACGCAUCGUUACCACCCCCGGCGGACUCGCCUAUUCCACCUGAUUCCAUUGAUACCAUGUGCAUGCUCCUGAAUAACGAUCCUGCGAGCGGGGAUCAUGAUAAUGACAAACCGCCUGAGCCAAAGGUUGCGCGAAGUAUCGCCCUCGCUAUCUUAUCGCGCAUAUCUCGCCUGCUAGGUGACAGUAUUGACAGCUGCCUACACCGCAUUCUGCCUACGGAAGCCGCACUCUUAACAUCCUUCUCCCCCACAACCCAUCGCCUCACGACCUCACCCGCAACCCAGGCUUCUAAUCCUGUCUACGAAAGCCUGCUCGUUGCUUGGGGUCAGAACAGCUUGACGAACUUAAGGAAUGCGAGCAAGCAGGGUUUUGUUCACGGGAUACCUGUGAUUUCAGUCAUACGUCCGAGUUGUUUGGCUCUGCUCGAAGCACUCGCCUCAUGGCCCAGUGACCAAACUCGGAUCUCUCUCCUGGAGAGUGCGGAUACCCUCAUGGAUGACUUCCUCUCCUCCGCAGCAGCGGGCUUUUAUCCUCUCCCCUGGCCUUUGGAGUCGCUUGAGCCCUUCCAGCGCCUCGUGGGGAUUAUUUUGCAGGACUCAGGUAAGGAGAACAUGACACCGUCCCGCGAGUAUGCAACUGGUGCUGCUGCUUACGGACUUUCUGUGGACGCCUUGGCGACAUCCACAGUUGCCAAAUCUGAGCUCUUUCUCUACUUUGCGCGAUCUACGGCAGUAGCUCUGAUGGACUGGUUUGGUUUAGAGUCUCGCUUCAGUUGGUGUCGUCCUCAAGGUCUUGUUACGGUAGAUUUACAAACUCGUGAAACUCACGACUUUCGCAAGAAAAUCCUUACUACGCGAAAUCUGCCCACCCUCUAUUCCACAGUCUUACAACAGUAA